CCCCUCCGGCCCCCGGCCGGGCAGGGCCGGGCGGCCAUUUUGGGCAGAGCUUUGUUAUGGUUGUGGGGCCGCCGGAGCCGCGCCAGGGCCCGCCCGUGACUACAGUUCCUGUCUCCCCUCUUUGAUGGAAGAGGACUAUGACCCAGAAGUGAACUCUUCACUGUAGAACAAGAAGCUCUUGUGGAAUAAUUGUGUCCCUUUAAAAGCAGCACCCAGUCUACAAAAAAAUAGAGUAGAAGAGAUUAUUUUUGGACCUGGCUUUUUUUUUGUUCAUGUGACCUACGUUUCAGCAUGUAAAUGGUGAAAACCAGGGGAAAUAUUUGUGCCUGCUUCUGAGCUUUAUAUCAAGUAGCGCUUAGCUCUGUGGAGCAUUUACCAAGUUACGUGAAGACCAGAGCAUAUAUCCCAACGUUCAUUUUUUAAAAUACUUUACCUUUUUUUAGCAGAUGUAUGCGAUAAAAAUGAAGCUUAUAUUUUAAGAGCACUUCGGCAGAUGCUUCUCGUUUAGAUCUCGGCAUCUAGGGCAAACAUUUUUGCGUAACAUCCUUUUUCCAGAGUGUUUAGGUUGAUCUGCUGCAGAUCAUGAACUGUCCAGCAGCCUUGAGUGUUCAGUGUUAACCAUGAUGUGGCUCUGAAUGUUGUCAUGCAGACUUGACAAACCUUUUUGUGAUGUAAAGGCUGACCUCUGUACUACCACGACCAGAGGAAAUUUAAUGAGGUGAACGUGGGCGCGGCUUUUUUUUUUUAAAUAUAAAUUACCCUCUUAGGUAUCUUUUUUUUGUAGUGAGAGUGCAAAGAGAAGUUAAAAUGAGCAGCUGAGGGGGUGAAGGGCACAGUUGGCACCAAGUGCGGCCUCUCGUGCUCUGCUUUGAGACGCACUGUUGCCUCAAGGCUGGCCUUCCAGAGUACUGGAGAAGGAAGGAACCCAGAGCUCACUGAAGCACACAAACUAAGGACAUUGGACUGCAGAGCCCAAACUCAGGAUCCUGGCCAUGAGGUUUGAUGCCUCAUUUUAUUGAAGGGAGACACUGGACCUAAAUGGCGCAGCAUGACUUUGUUCCUGCCUGGCUUAACUUCUCAACACCGCAGUCAACCAAGUCCCCUGCAGCCACCUUUGAGAAACAUGGAGAGCAUCUUUCCCGGGGAGAGGGCCGCUUUGGCGUGAGCCGCAGGAGACACAACUCCUCCGAUGGAUUUUUCAAUAAUGGGCCCCUCCGCACUGCGGGAGACUGCUGGCAUCAGCCGUCCCUUCUCCGCCACGAUUCUGUAGAUUCUGGUGUUUCUAAAGGAGCUCACGUUGGGCUUUCUGGCAGUCAGCCUGGCUGGCAUGGUCCCUCCCGGGGCCAUGAUGGCGUGAGCCAGCGUGGAGGAGGAGGAACUGGAGUCCAUCGCCACUGGAAUGGCAACUUCCACUCUCGGAAAAGUUCCGCCUUUCAGGAAAAGCUGCCUGUUGAAUCCAGGGAGGAGAAGAAGGAAGAUAAAGAGCAUUUGCAGUUUGAGGAAGAAGACUUUCCAUCUCUGAAUCCAGAAGCUGGAAGACAAAACAACCAGAACAAACCUUUAGGGACACCUUCUGGAGUAUGGGAAAACCCCCCUAGUGCCAAGCAACCUACCAAGAUGCUGGUCAUCAAAAAGGUUUCAAAAGAGGAUCCUUCCGCCGCCUUCUCAGCUGCAUUUACAUCACCCGUUUCUCACCUGGCAAACGGCAACAAAGCCACCACCAUUGUCCCAAGUGUCUACAAAAAUCUGGUUCCUAAACCUGCAGCUCCUCCUUCCAAGCCAAGCCCAUGGAAAGCCAACAGAAACGAACACAAACCAGGCUCGCUCUCCUCCACCCGCGACUCUGCCUUUACCAGCCCGGUGUCUGUAACCAAACCAGCGGUACUGGCAAGUGGCUCAGUCCUCACCUCUCCCAAAGAGAGUCCUUCCAGCACCACCCCUCCCAUCGAGAUCUCCUCGCGCCUGACGAAGCUGAUGCGCCGGACCACUGAUAAAAAGAGCGAAUUCCUGAAGGCACUGAAAGAUGAUAGAAACGGGGAGAUAACAGAGAACAGGGAAUGUGACAAGCUGGAUGAUAUGGAGAGCAACAGCACACCAGAACCAAAGGAAAACUGGGACGAGAAUUGCCAUCAGAAUGGCCUUUCUCUCCCUUUGCCGGAGGAGGGGGAAAACCUCUCCCAUUCGCUGGAAGCAGAACACAGGUUACUGAAAGAAAUGGGAUGGCAGGAAUAUCCUGAAAAUGAUGAAAACUACCUUCCCCUCACGGAAGAUGAGCUCAAAGAGUUCCAGAUUAAAUCAGAGCAGCGAAGAAGAAAUGGAUUUGGGAAGAAUGGAUUUCUUCAGGGCCGCGGCUCCAGCCUGUUGUUCCACUGGAGAAGCACUUUUAAGACAAAGAUUGAGGACUCAGACACAGAAACUAGUAGCAGCGAAACGUCAGAUGACGAUGCCUGAAACUGGGCACAAUAAAAUUAAAAUAAAUAAAACCAACCCAAUAAACUCAGUUCAUAGUUCAA